AUUUUUUGAACGUAAAUUAGUUUGUUUUAUUUUAGAUUAAUCAACUUGAAAUAGGCAAAUAAACAUCAAAUUGUUCCAAAUUAUAACACUUUGUGAAUGUAUAAAAAUAUUUAAAGCAAUCAUAUGUUAAGUGACUAUGAUGAGAGAACUUAAAAUAAUAUGUCAAUAACUGAACAUUUUAAUCGGGAAUAAAUUGUGAUAGUUUAAGUAGAAGAAUCAAACAAUCCUAUGUGAUUCACCUUUUAGAUAGAAAUUAAGUGAUUCUUAUGUAUUAAAUUUAGUUAGUUGAUGAAUUAUUUUUAAGGAUUUUUAAAAAAAAGAUGAUGUUUUCAAAUUAGUUUAUUAGAAAAAUAGUUGAAAAACAGAAUUUCCUAAACAGAAAAAAUUCUAUAAAAUAAUCUUGAACUCAUAGAAAUAUCAUUAA